AAAAGCGUCCACUAAAGUCGCUGGUGACUUCACCAAUAUUCCGCAGCCCUUCAGCGCGUCUACUGCAGCGUGACUACAGCAGUCCUGCGGACACGGACCGCGCUGGCACAUUGAGUAGCGGGAGCGUGAUUGGCGGCAUCACGAAUAGCUCAACGCUGAGCAGCGCCGACGGCAUCUCCAGUCUAGGCUCUUUGGUUGGAAACAAUAGCGUUGGCAGUAUUGGUGGCCUUGGCGUUGGCAACGAAGUGCUGCACUACACAUUUAGGCCAAGUAAACAAUUGAGUUAUGCUACCUUAAAUAAGAAGGGUAUAACUACCUGUAGUCCACCGCUAAAUAUAUCGCUUUAUAAUACAACAACUACAACAUCAUCAUCGCUAUCCUCAACGUACCAUUCCACGCCACAACCACAACCAAUGGAAGUAAGUUUACUCAGUCCGAAUAAUCCAUCGGUGACAUCAUCGUUGAGCGAAUAUCGAUUUCGACCGGAAGUGGUAACAACAUCGAAUCGCAUACAGGAAAGUUGUAUAUAAAUAAAUAUAAAUAUGGACUAUACUUUCAUGUGAAUAAAUAAAAUAUGUUGUGAGUGUAUGUGUCUGGCGUAAAUGUAUCUAUGUACUUGAUGAAAGAUGAACUGAAAAUAGACUGACACAAAUUAAUCAAUUGUUUUCCAAAAAUAUAUAUAUUUUCUUUUUGUGCACAAGGCUUACACAUACAUACGCAUGAACGUAUAAAUUGAUGUUAAUUUAACAGUGAGAUGUUUAUCCCGCAUGAUGUCGGUGAUUUUGAUUAUCGAAAAUCAUUAUCACUUAUAGCAGCUCGGUGCUUUUAAAUGACUUUUCCAAGCUUCUCAAUCAUUUUAGAUCCGUAUCACCAGCAUAUAUCUCACGAGUGGUUCUUCUAGUGUCACCCCCUUCUCUC